AUGGAGAUGCCGGGGGAUGUACACGCCACACUGAACAGCUACAUGCCCUUGGAUGCGAAUGAUGACACCAUGAAACUCCUUCAGGAGACAUUCAAGUACCUUCCAUCAGAUGGUAGAUUUCACCUUGCUGAGGAUAUCAUUCAGGCUGGCGCACACUACAAGUUGCGCCAACUUGCCCAGGGUGUUGUUACAGGCCUUCUCGCACUGAUGAAGGUUGCUGGUGCCAAGAUGGUGGAGAUUACUCCUUCACUCAUGGCAGACGAGUCUAUAACGCGUGGGCUGCAACAACAGCUGCAAGAGGAUGCUCUUCGUAGAGAUGGCAAUAAAUGCAUUGUAUCAGGUCAUUAUGAUGUUCAAUCAGAGGAGUUAUAUCCUGAUGAAGUGACAGCUGACCUAGAAACUGCACAUAUUGUGCCUUUUGCUCUAGCCAAAUUUGAAAAUGAUGAUGAGAAACGGCAAAUAAUACCUGUUUGGAUGAACAUUUUUCAUUAUUUCCCAAGCAUUCAUUCCUGGUUGAACUUCUAUUAUCAGAACAUUAACUCCUAUGGAAAAUGUACGGACACCAUACAUCAAUAUCAUGUCAAGACUUUCCAUUGGUUUGCAAAAGGUCUUCGAGUUUUCCUACUGGAGAGUGGACACUUUCCAUUGCCUUCAUCUAUUUUACUUCAAGUUCACUGCGCCGUUGCGAUCAUACUCCAUGCCACCGGCAGGGGUGAGAAGAUCGACCAAGUGCUAUGCAACUAUGAUGUGACUGGCAGCCUUGCUAGUGACAGUAGUACCAAUGUCUCACAGCUAUUAUCUGUGACUAAAAUUGCGUUGUUGCCCAUGAUUCAAGAGCGCAGCAUGAACUUGAAGCCCACAAGACCUAAGUCCAGUGACGUGCAAAAGAGGCCCACCUGA